UCAGUUCUUAAUUUGUGUUGUAUUUGUAAUGGUGCUGCUAAAAGUAAUACCAAAGGUGCUAAACAACUUAACACUAAGGUUACCAGCUUUAAAUCCAUGCAUUUCAUUCUAUGGGGGCAAGAAAUACAAUUAUAACCUUGGAAAAAACAGGUUUUCAACAUGUUCAAGAAAAUAUGCUUCAUUUGCAAGGGAAUUGGCUCUAGGGAAUCUAAACAUGAAAUGGAUAUUUCCUUUCCCUACCCUGCCUAGUGAGGAUGAUUUAAGUGAAUUGAAUCAGUUGUCUGAUGCAGUGGGAAGGUUUUUCGAUGAAAAAGUUGAUUCUAAAAAGAUGGAUGAAGAAGGGAAGUUUGAUCCAGAGGUUGUGCAGGGUUUAAAAGAUCUUGGUUUGUUUGGCAUGCAGAUUCCUGUGGAGUACGGUGGGUUAGGGUUGAAUAAUGUUCAAUACGCAAGAGUGGCUGAAGAAUUAUCAUCAGAUGCUGCUGUUACUGUUAUGUUAGCUGCCCAUCAAGCUAUUGGGUUAAAGGGAAUCCUUAUCGCAGGGAGUGAAGAACAGAAGAUGGAAUAUCUUCCUAAGUUGGCAACUGGCGAGUGGGCUGCCGCGUUUUGCUUAACAGAGCCCUCUAGUGGGAGCGAUGCCGCGUCGAUUCAAUCCAAAGCGCAUUUAAGCGAUGACGGGCAACAUUGGGUACUUAACGGUGAAAAAAUUUGGAUUACAAACGGUGGAUUCGCUGAUGUUAUGACAGUGUUUGCUAAAACUAAAGUAAUGGAUGUUAAUGAUGAAGUAAAGGAAAAAGUUACGGCAUUUAUUGUAGAGAGAAAGUUUGGGGGGGUUUCAAGUGGGAAACCAGAGGAUAAACUUGGUAUAAGAGCAUCUAAUACUUGCGCUGUUAGUUUUGUGGAUACUCAUAUACCUGUUAAGAAUGUAUUAGGGGAGGUAGGCGGUGGGUUUAAGAUUGCUAUGAAUAUUUUAAACAGUGGAAGAUUCAGUAUGGGGACCACUGUGGCCGGGCAACUUAAGCGUUUAAUUACUUUGGCUUCAGAAUAUGCAAACCAAAGAACUCAGUUUGGUAAAAAACUUGCAGAGUUUGAACUUAUACAAGAAAAGAUAUUCAAUAUGGCAAUGCAAGCUUAUGCUAUGGAAAGUAUGGCUUAUAUGACUGCUGGCCAGAUGGAUAUUAUGGAUAGUAAUGGAGAACCACAAGAUUGCUCAAUAGAAGCAGCCAUGGUAAAGAUAUAUAGCUCUGAAUGUGCUUGGAGUUCUGUGAGUGAAUGUUUACAAAUAUUUGGUGGUUUGGGGUAUAUGAAGGACUUCCCUUAUGAAAGAAUGUUGAGAGAUUCAAGAAUUUUGUUAAUUUUUGAAGGAACUAAUGAAAUAUUACGAUUAUACGUGGCUUUGGCAAGUCUACAGUAUGCUGGGGCUAAACUACAACAGAGGUUAAAGGCCUUCAAAGCUGGAAGUAUGAGGGAAAAGCUAACAGCAAUAUCAGAUCAGUUUAAGGAGGAAUGGUAUCUUAAAACUGGUAGCGAUCGUGGCCAAGUUCCUGAGCCUUCAUUUUCAGUUCGUAACUAUUCGAAAACCAAAUCCUGGCUGGAUCCAUCACUUAUACCAAUGGGUGAAAUGUUAGAAGAAAGUACUUUGUUAUACAGAAGAAGGGUUUAUCAAAUGUUAAGGAAAUAUGGGAAGAAAAUACAAGACCAGCAAUUGGUAUUGAAGAUCCUUGCAGACUCUGCUAUACAGAUAUAUGGGAUGACUGCUGUACUUUCUAGAUGCAAUAAAAGUUUGAUCCUAGGUUUGCGGAACGCGGAUCAUGAAAGAGCUCUUGCCGUUGCGUUUGUUAAGAAAACAUACCGGGAUAAUUAUCUUAUAAUGUCUCAAUUGGCGCAAGUAAAUUAUGACGAUUAUUACAUCAUGCAACGAAAAGUUAGUAACGACCUAAUGGAAGAACGGAGGUAUCUUUGUCCCCACCCGCUGGAAGUUACACAUAAAAAUGAAGAACAUCCAAAAUAUUUAGAACAACUUGAAAGAAUUAAAGCUAUAAAAGAUUGAAGUUUUUGUUCAAGUUUACUGUUCUUGUAUUACAAAUAUUACUGUGCUUGUCCUACAAAAAGUCGUUUAAAUAUUAUUAUCUGUUGUAUGCUGCUAGUCAUAUUGUAGGAUUGAAAGAGAUCUUUUAUUGUAAGUGUCAACAUUUGACAUCAUAUUCAAUAAUAAUUGCCAAGAUCCCUUACUGAAGUAUUACUUAAGUUUAAAAUUACUUUGUUUAUCCCUUUUUCGAUGUUUUUUUUCUUCAGUUAAAUGUGUUUAACCUAAAUGAAGCUCUAUGCGAAGUUCUGAUUUGCCAAAUAACUAAAAAUGUUCAAGUAUGUAUUUUCCAAAAUAACGUUACAAUAAUUCUGUAACAAACAUCUAAUGAUAUCUAUAAUUAGUUUUGUAAAAAUCCAUCAAACUAUAUAAACAUUACCUUUAAAUUCCAAUUCUUUCCAGUGUUUCUGACAGAUUGCUCAAGUUCACAUAUGAUUUACUUUCCA